AUGGAUGUAAAGUGGUCGAAACUCGAACAGCAGGCACAGUCAAUCGAGAAGACCAUUCCCUCUAAGACUAGCACUAAUGCUAACCUGGAAGCUGCAAUUAAGAGUGCUGAGCUCUACCUGCAAGCCCUGCGCUUAGUCGACAAGCCGUCAGAUCGAAAGCGGCUCGACGCAAAAUGCAAAGAGUUGCUCGGCCAGGCUGAAAAACUCAAGCAAAGACAGGAUGGGUCCUCAAAACCAGUCUCCAUGGUUCUGCAGAAGGAAAAGCUUAGGGUACCUCUUUCAUCUCGAAAACUCAGCACAAGGGAGAACAUUAUCAUUCUCGAAGGCUCCAAAUUAAAUGGAUUCAUCUUCAAACCUUGGACAAGUGCCCCUUCUGCCGAUGAAUUCUCGCUUCAGAAUGGACAAGAACCCUUCACAGACUCAAGUCCACUCCCGCUUUCUCCUGACCAGCUUGAAACCUUUGGCGGGUGGAAGCGAGCAGAUGAUGCCAUCUCCACCAGCAAUCAUCAUACCCAUGAUCAGUCUUCUUCCGAUGAGGUGGUCAUGCACUCUGAUGAGCCAAUGGAUCUUGUUCAAGAUUUGACGUCGGAUUGUUCAGUCGUUGCGAGUUUAUGUGCGUGUACUUCCAGAGUCGAGCGAGGUCACCCUAAGAUACUUCGCUCAGCCGUGCAUCCCUAUGACUACGAGAAUGACAGAAUCUCUGUUUCAGCCAACAGAAAGUAUAUCUUGAAACUGUACUUUAAUGGUUGUUGGAGGAGAGUCGAAAUCGACGACUAUUUGCCCACCUCGAAAACCUCACGAGUACUCCAUGUAAUCGAUCGCCAUCAUCCAGGCCUACUAUGGCCAGCCCUAGUUGAAAAGGCAUAUCUUAAAGUUCGAGGUGGCUAUGAUUUUCCCGGAAGUAAUUCAGGCACCGACCUUGCUGUCUUGACUGGCUGGAUACCCCAACAAGUAUUUCUGCACGACGAAGGUGUCGAGCCCGACCGCUUGUGGGAGGAAAUAGCCACCAACUUCAAGGAGGGAAAUGUCCUGAUCACCAUUGGUACUGGCAAUCUGCCACGCCGUGAGCAGAAGUAUCUCGGGCUUGCGGCAGAACAUGAUUAUGCCGUCUUGGAAGUGUCUUCUGAUGGUGAUGCCAAAGAGAUACUGGUCAAGAAUCCAUGGGCCGACGGCGAUGUUUGGCGAGGAGCAUCAAGAAGGAGACCAAAUCAGAAUGACGAAGCCAACGGCACAUCAACAGACCAGAAAAUGAUGCCGGGCACUUUUUGGAUGGACUUCAACAGCAUGUUUCAAUAUUUCGAAAACAUGUACAUCAACUGGAACCCCGGCUUGUUCUCCCACAGAGAAGACCUCCAUUUCUCAUGGCAGCCACAACAGCCCGAAUCAGCUGCAAAUAUCUUCGUCGAAAAUCCACAAUUUGCCGUGACAGUCUCCGAAAGUGGUGAGGUCUGGUUGCUGCUGAGUCGGCACUUUCGAACAGGAGAUUAUACACAAUCGACUAUUGGCAAAAAUGGCUACAUCAGCAUCUACCUGUACGAGCGCCAUGGGAAUAAAGUCAUCACCAGCGAGGGUGCCAAGGUACGCGGUCCAUUUGUAGAUUCGCCAAAUACCUUGUUGAGGUUCCACGCGGAUGCUAGGACAACCUACACUGCAGUCGUGGUCUCACAAACCUUGCCACCAGGUAAGAUGAAUUUUACCAUUUCGGCAUUGUCAAAAUCCACUUUGUCACUGUCCGAAGCUCGCCUGCAAUAUCCCCGAAAGUCCAGCAUAAAAUCUGCCUGGACGAGGUCAAUAGCAGGCGGCAACUCCGACUCGGCUACUUACCUUGCCAACCCACAAUUUCGAAUGCAUCUCAACACAAAACAGCAAUUAGCUUUACUUCUCCGUGUCGACCACAAGAAUGAAGACGACUCGGUAGACGCAACUGAUAUCCACGUUAAGAUCCUGGUCGUAUUCAGCAAUGGCUCGAGGAUCGUGCGCUUGAGACCUAGAGAUGUCCUCGCACACUCAGGGGACUAUCGACGUGGAAGUGCUGUGGUGGAAACGGAACUGCCAGUGGGAAACUACACCAUCAUCUGCUCGACGUUCGAUCAAAGCCGUCUCGCCGACUUCACGCUCGACCUGUACUCCUCGACUGAUACCCCAUCUCUCGUCCAACUACCGGCCGACGGGAGCGGACGACUUAGCAUCAGAAGCACUCCUGCGGUCUUUGGCAGCACUGCCAAUCGCCUCCUCGCACCUCUCGUCAUCAACAGAAUGAGUCGUGUCGCAUUCGUGGCGCGGCACAUGAUACCCGCAGCACCCUCUGCGUCGCUGUUCAAAAUGACACUGGAGCAAGGUCAAGGACCCUAUAAGCAAGUGGUGGCCAGCAGCGAGAUCGACAAUGAGGAAUUCACGAGUGUUUCGUCGGGGCUUCGUAUCGGAGAUUUGGAUUUGCAACCCGCCAUGUGCAGUCCGGAGAUUGGUGGUUUGUGGCUAGUGCUAGAACGAUUGGCCCAGGGACAAGCUGCCGCUAGAGAUGAGGUUCUCGGCGUCGAGAUCUUCACGGACGAGAGGCUUGAUUUGGAACCUUGGGGUCUGGGGGAGGGAUAGAAUGAACAAAAGGUUGGGACAGGCUUUGAUUACCUUAUGCGAAACACAAUCUAAGACUUCUUGAAGUCCCUACUGAUGGCCAAUUAGUAUAUUCACAUAACUCGCGAGCGAGGCUUCGAUCGUUCAUCCUUGACUGCAGACGAGUCUUGUCCCGUAAAGCUUGGGGGGUCCGACCGGCCCUUAUCUAUCCUGGAGUAUUUCGAGCAUGAUGGCAGGGUAAUAAUGA